AUGUCCAGAGUAGUUGUCGUCGGUGCAGGCUUUUACGGGCUAAUCGCCGCCAAAACAUAUCGCCUGGUGGCGUUGAAUGAUAAAGAACCAGAGAAUCUGGGCAUCUACGCAAGCGAGGUGCCGCCGUGCUUCGCCCAAUCGUCCGCAGACAGCGGCCCUGCUCUGCUCAUCGUGGAUGCUGCCUCCGGACUGGGAGGGACCUGGUCCUCCGAGCGACUUUAUCCGAACCUCCUCAGCCAAAACUCCUAUGGGUUGUACGAGUUUAGCGACCUCCCCUUGGCCUCAGUGGUGCCUCCGGAUCCAAAAGAUGCGGAUAAUCAGUUCAUUGCAGGCUGGAAGAUUAACCAAUAUCUGCACGUGUGGAGCCAAAAAUGGGAUCUUCUGAAGCAUAUGCGAUUCAAUUGGAAGGUUACCAAGAUCGGCAGGCUGCCGAGUAAAGAGUGGAGAAUAGAAAUCGAAAUACUCACCAACAACACACCGUCCCGGACCAUCGUCCUACUGUGUGACAAGCUGAUGCUAGCUACCGGUUUGACGUCUCAGCCCUUUUCCCCGGAUAUACCUGGUUGCUCGGACAUCCCGCGAGUCCAUGCCAAGGACGUUGGAAACUACUGCCGAGAGAACUUUGGAUAUCAUCCGGUUCCAAGUUGUGACAAAGCAUCAUCUGGGGAAGAAUCAGACGAUCAUCCAGUGGAAACCCGGACUCUUCGCAGGGUAGCGAUCCAAGGGGGCGCCAAGUCAUCCUUUGAUUUCGUUCAUCUGUUUGCCUCCCUUCAUCGAAAUAGCCCUGAGCUGCAACUGACACUGAAGCAUGAAGAGCCAGUUGAGGUUCAUUGGAUUAUUCGCGACCAGGGUUCGGGAGUGGCCUGGAUGGCUCCUCCGAUGGCAAAGCUCCCGAAUGGACAAUCUGUUGCCAGCGACAAGCAAGCUAGUACCAGGAUCUGCGGGCUUCUCACACCUUGUGUAUUCUCACUGCCCAAGCGAGUCACCUUAGUCCCGUCUCAGUCUAGACUAGGGUGGAGUCUGCGAAUGGAAGGGUCUUGGACCAGGAGGUGUCUUCACGGUAACUUUGUAGGGCGGUUUAUCGUACGGCAACUGUGGAAAUCGGUCGAUUGUCAGGUGCACCGAUCCGCCGAUUACACAUCGAAUUCCAAGAUGGAAAAGCUGCGUCCAGCGAGGGGGAUAAUUGACUGCGCUUCGUCAGGAGGCAUUGCGAACCAUUUCGAUCUAUGGGAAACUAUCCGCUCUUCGAAUGUUCAUGUGCACCGAUCGGAGAUUCACAAUGUUUCUGGAUCACCACCCUCCGAUAUCAAACUGACCAAUGGCACACAAAUACCGUCUGUUGAUCUCAUCGUGCAAGCCACGGGCUAUAAACCCAUAGUACCGAUCGAAUUCGAUCCGCCGGGUCUAGGGGAGACGCUUGGGUUAGGCUCUGACCGACCCGACAGCGAUACAGGAGAACUGAAACAGCGAUAUCAAAAUGAACAUUGGAAAUCCUUCGAUGACAAGGUCGAGUCUCAUUUCCGUCGCGUUUUCUGCUCGAGUAUGUUCUCGCGGGCCGAAUCAUCGCAGGAUGCCACCCCCUUCCGGCUCUUUCGUCGCAUGGUGUCCCCGGCGCUCGUGGCUGAAGGCGACCGCUCCUUUGUCGCGCUCGGCGUCGUGUUGACAGGGACCAUUGCCGUCGUGGCUGAAGUGCAAGCGUUAUGGGCUGCGGCCUUUCUCACUGGGGGGUUGGAUGGCGAUGCAGAGAGCCAAAGCCAGAGCCAAGGACCGAUCCAAUCACCAUUGUCUCUCAACUCGACCGCCUCAGAGAGUCUGUAUGAAUCGGUGUCUGAAGAUGUGAUCUGGGCCAGGUUGACCGGGAGUGGGCUAGACAUAGACGCGAUUAACUAUAACGACACGCUACUGCGAGACUUGGGACUGAAUCCGUAUCGCCUGGGAGGGGGUCUCUGGCGCGAGAUGACCGGCGUGUAUGGCCCAAAUUCCUAUAAAACGAUCGUCGACGAGUACAAGGCAGGUCGGAAAGGAAGAUGA